GCGUGUCGGACAGGUGGAGGUGAGCAGGGUGUAGUCUCUCUGACGCAGUUGUCUCGAUGGAUGUGUUGUUUUCUGUCUCCUCGAACAACCAGGUAACCAUUAACCUUCUUGGGUCAGAAUCUAAAGACAGGAAUCAUGGCGGUCAAGAUUAAAGUCGAAUACUGCGGCGGAUGAGGCUACGAGCCUCGCUUCCAGGAGCUGAAGCGGAGCAUCUGCGCCAAGUUCCCGGAUGUUGAGGUCUCAGGCUUCGUGGGCCGAAGAGGAAGUUUUGAAAUACAGAUCAAUGAACAUCUGGUCUUCUCAAAAUUAGAAACAGGAGGAUUCCCUUAUGAAGAGGAUAUUAUGGAGGCCGUUGUUAAGGCUAAGGAUGGAAAGCCUGAGAAGAUCACCAGAAACCGUAAAGAGUGCAUCAUCCUCUAAAGCCCAGUAGCAUCUCUUCUGCCCGGUCCACACCAGCAUCUUAAUGCUCUAUUGCAGAAAAUGGUUUAAUUGUUUUUGAAGCUCUUCACUUGUCUCCUUUAUCACUCUAGUUUUUUGGACAUACAUGAUUGCCGUAGUUCAAAGUUCAAAAGUUAUGGUAUGAAGCUUUAGUCCAGAAAACUCUGAACCUGUGAUAAAGAAGAUAGUGAAGAGAAGAGUACUUUUUCAUUUUACUUAAUGGUCAGUUUUCCUGAGACAGUAAUCAGUUCAUUCAGGAGAUAUGAGGCACAUCUUAUUCUGAUACUUAAAAAUUACAUUUAUUGAGUAGGAUUUAAAAUAUAAAGUUAUAGAAUGAUUUUUAGUUGAUAGAAAGACGCAAAUAUUUUCAGGGUAAUUGCUAAGUAACUGGUGAAAUUACUUAAUUUGGGAGAAAAAAAAGUUUUUCUUGGAGUACUGAAACUGUUGAUUUAACUAGCUCAAAGAUAAUUUUGGUCCACGUAAUGUAAAAAAAAAAAUCGACCAAUAAAUAGUUUCUGAAAAUAUUUGCAGAUUGUUUUUGAUAUGUUGUCACAAAUGCCCACCUAACGUUUAACUCUCGUGAAGUCUUGUCUGCUUUAUUCUAGUAAAUUUAUAGACCUAAUAUAUUUCAUAAGUUAUCAUGAAUUAUGAAUCAUAUUAGAGUUUUAGGCAGACUAGAAAUCCUUCAGGUUGUAAACAUUUCUGCCAGCAGUAGAGGGCGUUUCUCUCUGGUGCUGUGUUCUUUCAGUGUAUUUGCUAUUAUCUCAGUUUACACUUCAUGCAUUAACAAAACCUGUAUAUUUGGAAUCAUCUAUAGUGAUAAUUUCUUAACUAAUUGAUAUUAUUUUUUAUUUUUUUACCAGCAAUCAGUGGUAUUUCAGAAGAGUCAGGUGUGUAUUAGUGUACUAUAUACUUGUGCACUAAACAAAAAGAAUAAGUAUUUGAUUAAGUUCAACUCAGGAAGGCCCAGAGUCAAUAUAACAAGACAAAACACAUCUAGGGCAUAGACAACCAACAUUUGAUUAUACCAGAGUGUUAAAGUACAUGUAGUAAUGGUGCAUACAUGCUUAUUAAGGCUAAGAUAAUAUGAGGAAAAUUCAGUUAGGAGUUUCCAACACUGCACUGUAAUUUUCAAAAAGAAAAUUGUGUGAACGCCCUUGAAGCAGCGGGUGAUAGUUUGUGUGUAUGGUUAUCACAGAACAGUCAAGCUGGUGUGUUUUAUCAUAAAACGCCAGAGACUGGAGGAGGGACACACCUACACGUACACACUGUGUGCUGUACAAUGUUAUUUGUGCAGUAUAGCAUGAACCCUGGGGAAUAAUAUCAUACAAACACUCUUUCGUGGAAAGGCACACUGGGGUUAUUGUGAAGAGCAAGAAUACUUUAACAGCAGUGUC